CAUUCUAUAUGUUUGUUUGCUCCUCAAAACAAAGCCUGCCUUGUUCUCUUUGUAUCAGUGUAUUCUGGACUUUGCUUCAUUGAUUCCCUUUGAUCCAGCUGGUACAGUGGCACAGCUUAGUGCUCCUCUCUGAACAACUGCCAGUGUAAUAGUGUUGUAGUGUGGUUCUUUCAGAGAAUGUCAGAGAGACAGGGACUGAGGGCAGACUCCACCCACUUCACUUUAGAUGGAGCCCCAUUUCGGAUCCUCGGAGGCUCCAUCCAUUACUUUCGGGUCCCCAGGGCGUACUGGAGAGACCGGCUGCUCAAACUCAAGGCCUGUGGCCUCAAUACUCUCACCACGUACGUGCCGUGGAAUCUUCAUGAACCAGAAAGAGGAGUUUAUCUUUUUCAGGAGGAGCUGGAUCUGGAGGCAUACAUUCGUCUAGCAGGGGAAUUAGGCCUUUGGGUGAUUCUGCGUCCGGGGCCGUACAUAUGUGCCGAGUGGGAUUUGGGUGGGUUACCAAGCUGGCUGCUGCAGGAUAAGAAAAUGAAAUUAAGAACGACCUACUCUGGUUUCACAAGUGCUGUGAACUCGUACUUUGAUAAACUCAUUCCGAGAGUCACACCCCUCCAGUAUAAGAAUGGAGGCCCUAUUAUUGCUGUUCAAGUAGAGAAUGAAUAUGGUUCAUAUGCAAAGGAUGAGCAAUACAUGUCAUUCAUCAAAGAGGUGUUACUGUCCCGGGGAAUCUCCGAGCUUCUCCUCACAUCAGACAACCAUGACGGGCUGAAGUGUGGAGGGGUAGAUGGAGCCUUGCAGACAGUGAACCUACAGAAACUAACGUUUGGUGAUGUACAGCAUUUAGCAGAAUUGCAGCCACAGAAGCCGCUGAUGGUGAUGGAAUAUUGGUCUGGCUGGUUUGAUGUUUGGGGGGAACCUCAUCAUGUUUUCUCUGCACCAGAAAUGAUCUCUAUAGUGCGAGAGCUUCUGGAUCGUGGCAUCUCCAUCAAUUUCUACAUGUUUCAUGGAGGAACCAGCUUUGGAUUCAUGAACGGAGCAUUUGACUUGGGAACCUACAAACCACAGACGAGCAGCUACGAUUAUGAUGCUCCACUGACUGAAAGUGGUGAUUAUACAACCAAGUAUCAUCUCUUGAGGAACCUGCUGAGCACCUACAGCAAUGAGCCGAUAUCAGAGCCGCCAGCUGUGCAGAGCAGAAGAGCAUAUGAGCCGCUGGCAGUUACUCAUUAUAUUUCACUAUGGGAGAGUCUUCAUUGUGCAGAAACACUUUUCAGAGCUGAUGAUCCUGUCAACAUGGAGAGCCUUCCUGCAAACCACAACAAUGGUCAGUCCUAUGGAUACACACUCUAUCAGACUGACAUUUAUUCAGGUGGAGAUCUCAACUCAAGGAACCAUGUUCGUGACAGAGCUCUAGUGUUUAUUGACAGAGAACUCAUUGGUGUUUUAGACAAUAGAACACAGAAAGUUAAAAUACCUCACAGUAAGAGUGAGAGGACCUUGAGUUUGCUUGUUGAGAACUGUGGACGAGUGAACUAUGGUCCAGCUCUUGACAACCAACAGAAAGGGCUUGUUGGUGAUAUAACUCUGGACAAUGUACCUCUAAAAAAGUUCACCAUGCACUGUUUGGAUAUGAAGACCAGUUUCAUAAACAGACUGCAGUCUCAGAAAUGGACGUCUGUUGGUACGAAGCCCACCUACCCUGCGUUUUUCAGAGGAUCCCUGGUAGUGGAUCAGCCCACAGAUACUUUUUUAAAGCUGCCAAAUUGGAGUAAAGGGGUGGUUUUUGUGAACGGGCAAAAUCUUGGACGCCACUGGUCAGUUGGUCCUCAGAAAGCCCUCUAUCUUCCUGGUCCCUGGCUCAGGAGUGGAGAUAAUGAGAUUGUUGUUUUUGAGGAACUCAAAGCUGUGGAAACAAUCCAUUUUGCUGAAAAUCUAGAAUACGGCAAGACAGUCGAAGUAUCUACACAACUGUUUUGCACCCUCAUAUGAAACACACUUUACAAUGCUUACUCAGCAUUACAAUGCUUUACUCAGCUUUACAAUGAAUCUCAGGCUUACAUCCAUCAAAACAGAUCUGAACUUGAAUUACUUACAGCAAGACAUCACAAGUGAAGAGUACAGAUUUAGCAAUAGACUUCCCCAUUUGAUUAAUCAUAUCAAAUUAAGACAGCUGUUUUGUAUUACAGGUUUUCUGAACUAUGUUUGAAUAUGCACAUGAGACAUUAUCUGAUUAAAUAUGUACUAAUUUGCAAACAUUUCCAGAACAGUAGUCUUAACACUGGAUAAAGCCAGAUUCUGGAUAUCUCUUUCUAUAACUCUAUACAUCAGAAAAUACUGUCAAAAGCAAGAAAAAAGGCACUUUCAACUUAGAACUUUUAACAUAUAUACAAAGACAACCCCUCUGUAAAAACCUUGAGAAUUUAAAGGGUUAGUUCACCCA